AAGCCCCUUAUUUAAUCAGGCCUCUUAACUGACGUACAUAGAACUAAUAACACCACAUACGGCGUUUUAUUUUUUCAACAUUUCGAGCAUUUGGCUCUCUGUUUCCUGAAAAGAAGUGGAUUAACUGGAGAUAAAACGCAUCAGCUGCCUUCAUCUAGGAUCAGAUCAUGAUAGCUGCCUAGAAAAGCUAUAUUGAUAAAUGAUAACUAAUAACUUAAGGGGUUUUAUUGAAUGUCACUCUUGCUAUUGCGAAUGCAGAAAUAACAUUUCCAUUUUAAAAAAGUGAACAAAUUCUUCUCUUCAUUUGAUCAAAAAUGGCGAAAAUGUAUCAUAAAGAGAAAAGCAUUCAGAUAAAGAGUAGCGCUUCCGCGCUGUACAACAACCUGAGCGUCUUGCGUAUCGCGCCGCGUUGCCUCACCUAUUUCACCGUGGUCCACGCCAACGUUGUGAAUAUGGUCAGCGCCUCCUGGGACGGCCUGAACUAUUCCCAUCGACAACUGCAGUCCAAAGAGGGAAACGUGGCCACCAGUUCCUCACUGAUCAUGCAGGCGGCCUGGUGUGUCCUGCCCUCAAGAGAUCUCCUUGUUCUCACUUCUCAGAAAGGAAUACAGAUGUACGAAUCAGAUGGAUCCAUUAUGGUGUAUUGGCAUGCACUGGACACGCCAGAGACCCCCACAGCUAAGGCAGUGUUUGCCAGAGGGAUUGCAGCAGUACAAGAAAAAUACAUUUGUGUUGGGAUCUCAUCUGGUGCAGUGUUGGUGUUUGAUGUUCCCAGCAAAGGCAGUAACAUCACCCUGUCCGAGGUUCUGGAGGAACACAAAGAACCCAUCACAGACAUGGCCUCUGAGUGUUCAGGCAGUCUGGAGUGCAUUGCUGAUUUAGUUAGUGCUGAUGACUCUGGCCUCCUAUGUGUAUGGAAAUCAGGAGAUGAUUUUCAAUUGCUCAACAAGAUCCCUGGUUUUGACACAAGUUGUUCUUCAGUGAAGCUGUGGAAGGGCACAGUCAUUGCAGGAUAUGGGACCGGACAGAUCCGUAUAUAUGAGGCAGUCACAGGUAUACUGCAUGCAGAGGUCAAUGCCCAUGCACGCUGGAUCUACUCUCUGGACAUUGCCCCUUUCACAGGCCUUUUGCUCUCUGCAGCAGAAGACUCUUGGGUUAGAGUGUGGCACCUGAGCUUGACCCCAGAGACUAACAGUGUAGAGAUCGAGCACAUGUAUAACGAGUGUGUGACUGAUACUCAGAUCUGUGGCGCCAAGUUCUGUGACGGGGAUGGCUAUGCCUUUGCAGUGACUGGCUACGACUUGAGUGAGAUCAUCCGCUACACACAAGCCUAGAUGGCAUACAACAUACACUUCUGAGACAUUCCCAUUGGGAACACUUUUGGUGUACUACUUUUGUAUGUUUCCCUGAUCAUGUGAGGGUCACCUGCAGUCAACUGUGGCAUAUUCCACAUGAGGACAGUCAUGUCUUGAUAAUAUAUUGGUGUGUAACUUAUCAGUGUGCAGUCAUGACAACAGAGUCAGACUGGAAUGAAGUUCAUCUUAUAAUGAUUUUCUAACUGGGUAAGGCACUAAUUGAAAUACGCUAAAAUGCACUGUUUGAACACCAAACGAGCGAUAUAUGUAGUGUCUACCUGACUGCCUGUUGUGCUAAGUAAAAAAUACACUUCUCAUGCUCUGAGUAGAGUAAAAUGUUUAACAUAUUGAUAUCAGGAAAACACAUAGAUUCCCUCUGAACAUAGGUGCAAAGUGUCAGUAGGAAUAUAUUUUGGAGGAUCAUUUUAUUUUGUAAUUUUGUUGCUCGCAGAAUUUUCUGUGACGUUCGUCAGAAUUACAGAAUGUCAGAUAUUAAAAUUUUUGCUUUAGCAAAUCUGUUGUAAGUUUAGUACAUUUAUUUAUCUGAGUGGUAUUGAACAAUGGACUGUACCUCUAUGCUGCUUUAUAGGCAAACAGCACACAUUCACAUUUGUGGUUGAACAUCUCAUCUGUUAAAAUAAUUUGAUAUGUAUUUAUUUAAUAUGAAUGUUAUAAAUAUUAAAUACUGCAGAGGCUAUUUUUUCCAAAGGGAAUUUUAAUGUUCUUAUUGCCUUAGAAACUAACACAUUGUAUAUUCAUAUCUCAGCUUGGCGUUAAAGCCAAUAUUUCACAAUGUUUUGUGUUGUUGUCUUCAUUAAUUCUUGUUUUCUGUGUUGUAAAGCAUUUUUUUUUUCAGUGACAAUCCAGAAAACAAAUUAAUAUUAAAAAAUACUCUCAUUUACUGUGACUUUUGUUGCAAUUAGAAACCAGUAGAGGGCGGUAAAACGUAUAUCUUUGCCUAUAUUUCAAUUCUAAUUUUCUUCUUUAAUGAAAUCUUACAGGAACUUGAUAAGCUUCUUCAAAAGCUUCUCAAUGUGUUUAAUGCAUUUCUAGUACUCUUUGAAUGGCAAUUCUGUUGCAUCCGUGAUCAGAAUAAAAAAAAAAAGUGAUAUCAAACAUACCUUUUUGUAUAAAAUAGAUUAUAUUCAUUUUACACAUUUC